UAAGCACCAGGGUGUUUGUAGCAGCGCUGAGGGGCCCCCCACUGCCCUGUCAUGGCGUCUGCUUUCACCGUCCUCCUCCUCAGCUGCUGGCUGGCUGGGCAGAACGGGGUGUCGGGAGAGGGGUCCUACCCCAAACCCUCCAUCUCCGUCAGCCCCGGUGGGGUGAUCCCCGUGGGGGGAAACAUCACCAUCCGGUGCCGGAAUCAGCACCUGGGCAUGAGGUUCCUCCUCUACAAGGAUGAAGAUGAGAACCAUCUGAAUUACACAGACCCUGCUGGCUCUGAGGCUGAAUUUCCCAUCACCAGCGCCAGACGGGAACACGGUGGCAGCUACACCUGUCGUUAUAGCGACAGAACAGACCCAGCUGCCUACUCGGAGCCCAGCAACCCCGUGCAGAUCAUUGUAGCAGGCGGAUCGGAAUCGCCGGCACCUCCGGGUCUGACCAGCCCCAUCAUCGCCGGGGUGAGUGCGGCAGCCACCGUCCUCCUCCUGCUCCUCCUCCUCCUCGUGGCCUUCGUGUGCUUCAGAAUAACCCGAGCCAGAAAAGGAGCCGCACCGAGACCGAGCAGCCCUUUGGGGGUGUCGAAGGCCCUGGAUCAGCAAGACCCUGUCUACGCCUCCAUGGACGAAGGGAAAGAGCCGCAGACCCUGCCGCAGGAGCCCGACCCCGGCGCUGAGGGACUCACCUACGCCGAGUUGGACCACCAGGCGCUGCAGGCCAAGCGGGGGGGCCCAGCCCCUGCCCCCGAGCCCACCCAGCCCAGCAUGUACGCCGCGAUCAACGUGAGCCAGGGGACCCCGCAGUGAGAGCCCCCCUCAGCCAUGGGGCGCCGGCCCCCAGGGGGCAACAGACUCACCCACCUGCAGCGCCAGCCCCGAGAACUCUGAUUCUAGGGAAGAUUUGGGGCCAGGGGACGUCCCAGGCUGCCCUCCCACUGCUGCAGCCCCAUCGCAUCGAGCUGCUGUUCCCCUGCCCCGCGCACACCAACAUGUGGGGGGUUGGGGGAUUGUGUGACUCAGCACCGGGAGGGGGAGGGGACACAUUGAGGCAGCUUUUAUGUGAUUUUGAAUCCUGUUCACCUCCAGAUUUGUAAUAAACACAGAACCACAAAC